CUCCCAGUGCUGCAGUUCUUUGGUCAUGGAAACAAGCUGGACUCACCCUGGAUCUUCCCUACUUGUGAUCCUGUGCUAUGGGCAGCUCUUGUCAUGGCUUAGGAUUGUGGGGGAUGCAAAUUUAUGUGUAACUACAGACCUAAAGGAACAUGUGACAGGGCCCUGGGUGGGGACAGGAUCACAUAACCCCCUUCCUGCAGCUGUGGCCUACAAUGAAACUGAGGCAAAGCGGUUCCUGAAGUACUAUGAACAAACAGCCAAUACUGUGUUGAAGGAGUUUGUGGAAGCCACUUGGAACUAUGUCACCAACAUCACCAAGACAAAUCCAGAACAAAUGAAGGAAUUAGAGAGGUCCUACGUCAAGAAACACUUUGGCACCCAGCCCCACCGGUUUAACAUCACCCAGCUCCAGGACCCAACUGUGAAGCGCAUGCUGAGUAAACUACAGGACAUAGGCAAGACAGCCUUGCCAUAGGACGACCUUUGGGAGUACAACAAGCUUGUGGCCCACAUGGAGACAACAUACAGCCUGGCCCAAGUGUGCCUGGAUGAGGGGUCCUGCAUGACCCUGGAGCCCGACCUCGAAGAAGUCAUGGCUACAUCCAGAGACCAUAAGGAGCUGCUGUGGGCCUGGGAGGGCUGGCGGGACUCUGUGGGUCGCCAACUCCGCCCCAUUUUCUGGCGCUACAUGCAGCUCAGCAACAAAGCUGCACAGCUCAACGGGUACAAAGACAUGGGACAACUGUGGCGUGCUACGUACGAGUCAGAUACCCUGGAGCAAGACAUGGAGCAGAUUUACCAGGAGCUCAAGCCUCUCUAUCUUAAUCUGCAUGCAUAUGUGCACCGUGCCCUGUACCGCCACUAUGGGCCUGAACUCAUCAGUUUUCGGGGGCCUAUCCCUGCCCACCUGCUGGGGGACAUGUGGGCUCAGUCCUGGGACAACAUCCUAGACAUGGUUCUGCCUUUCCCUAAGAAGCCCCCCAUAGACAUCACAUGCAUGAUGAAACAGCAGCACUGGAGACCUGAGAAAAUGUUUGAAGAGGCUGACAAAUUCUUCACCUCCUUGGGGAUGCUGUCUGUCCCACCUGAUUUCUGGAAAAAGUCAAUGCUGGAGAGGCCGGCCGAUGGACGGUCAGUGGAAUGUCAGACCUCUGCCUGGGACUUUUACAGUGGCAAUGACUUCAGGAUAAAGAAAUGCACUGAAGUGACCCUAGAAGACAUGCUGUCCGUCUUCCACCAGAUGGGUCAUAUCCAAUACUUCAUGCAAUACCAGAACCUGUCUGUAAUCUUCCGGGAAGGUGCCAACCCUGCUUUUGAAGAGGCUGUGGGGGCAAUGGUCACACUCUCUGCCUCUUCCCACAGGCACUUGUUCAGCACAGGCCUGCUCAACCUCCUGCGGCAGGACUCAGAGGAGGAAGUCAAUUACCUGAUGGGCAUGGCCCUGCAGAAGAUUGCCUUCAUCCCCUUCAGCUAUCUAAUGGACCUGUAUCACUGGAGGGUCUUCGAUGGCACCAUUGAGAAGAACAUCUACAACCAGGAGUGGUGGAACCUCAGGUUAGAGUACCAAGGCCUGUGCCCACCUGUUCCUCGGACAGAGGAUGACUUUGACCCAGCUGCCAAGUUCCAUGUUGCUGCCAGUGUGCCCUACAUCAGGUACUUUGUCAGCUUUGUCAUCCAGUUCCAGUUCCAUGAGGCGCUGUGCCAGGCUGCUGGCCACCAGGGGCCGCUGCACAAAUGUGAUAUCUACCAGUCCAAGGAAGCAGGGAAGCGGCUGGCGGACAUCAUGAAGCUAGGCUACAGUAAACCUUGGCCAGAAGCCAUGAAGCUGAUGACAGGUCAGCCCAACAUGUCGGCCUUGGCCAUGAUGAACUACUUCAAGCCACUGAUGGACUGGCUUGUCACUGAAAACGGGUGGCAUGGGCAGAAGCUGGGCUGGCCGCAGUACAACUGGACACCAAACUCUGCUCCCUCAGACUUCUUCUCGGACACUGGCCAUGUCAACUUCUUGGGCAUGAACCUGGAGCCACAGCAGGCCCGCAUGGGCCAGUGGGUGCUGCUCUUCCUGGGUGGUGCCCUACUGGUGGCCACCUUGGGCCUUACCCAGCAGCUCUUCAGCAGGCGCCACCACAGUCUCCACCAGCCCCAGUUUGGCUCUGAGGUGGAUCUGAGACACAUGCACUUCACCUCCUUGGGGAUGCUAUCUGUUCCACCUGACUUCUGGAAAAAGUCAAUGCUGGAGAGUCCGACCGAUGGGCGGGCGGUGGAAUGUCAGACCUCUGCCUGGGACUUCUACACUGGCAAUGACUUCAGGAUAAAGAAAUGCACUGAAGUGACCAUAGAAGACCUGCUCUCAGUCUUCCAGCAGAUGGUUCAUAUCCAAUACUUCAUGCAAUACCAGAACCUGUCUGUAAUUUUCCGUGAAGAUGCCAACCCGGCUUUUGAAGAGGCUGUGGGGGCAAAGGUCACACGCUCUUCCUCUUCCCACAGGCACUUGUCUACCACAGGCCUGAUCAACCUCCUGCAGCAGGACUCAGAGGAGGAAGUCAAUUACCUGAUGGGCAUGGCCCUGCAGAAGAUUGCCUUCAUCCCCUUCAGCUAUCUAAUGGACCUGUAUCGCUGGAGGGUCUUUGAUGGCACCAUUGAGAAGAACAUCUACAACCAGGAGUGGUGGAACCUCAGACUCAAGUACCAAGGCCUGUGCCCACGUGUUCCUCGGAUAGAGGAUGACUUUGACCCUGCUGCCAAGUUCCAUGUUGCUGCCAGUGUGCCCUACAUGCAAUAUUUCCUUAGCACGGUGCUCCAGUUCCAGUUGCAUGAAGCUCUGUGCAAUGCCUCGGGCUACGUGGGUCCACUGCACCAGUGUGACAUCUAUGGCUCAAAGAUAGCUGGGAGGAUCCUCGGGCAUGCCCUGAAGCUGGGCUCCAGCAAGCCCUGGCCAGAGGUUCUAAAGGAGCUGACUGGGCAGUCCAAUAUGUGUGCAAGUGCCCUCAUGACCUAUUUCAAGCCACUGCUGAACUGGCUAGUGGCUGAGAACAUGUGGCAGGGUAAAAUCCUAGGAUGGCCAGACUACAUCUGUUCCUUUUCAGAAAGAAGUACAAACAAAGUGGCAUUACUGGGUCUGCAGAUGAAGCCUGACCAGGUUACAUUUGGGCUGUGGAUACUUCUGGGUUUGAGCUUUGUCAUGUUCCUGGUGCUCCUGGGUAUGGCCUACAGACUGGACUUCCUAGAAAAAUGGUCAGGAGACCAAGACGUCCCAAUAAUCAGCACUUAUGCCUACUUCCUGAGUGUGCCCAUGGAGCUCCGACAGGCCGCUCGAAGACAGUGGAUUCUGCUGGGCCUCUUCUUGAUCCUACUGCUGUGCACCAUCAGCCUAUCUAUUCGGAUCUUCACACACAACCACAAGAAGUCUUCAGGGAUGAGAGCUGACUAG